UUCAGCAAGACGCCGGUCUUCCUGCAUCGCUCUCUUCUGGACAUUAAGCAGAACAACAAUAAGACGGUCGUCGUUCUUUUUUUUAAUUACCAACAAAACACUGACAUUUGGGUUAUUGUAAUUCAGUUAAUUCGAUUAAUUGAAUUCAAUAUGUGUAAAUAAUAAAAACACAUGUGUUAGGAUUUACUUAACAUAUAGAUACACAGUCCUUCAUAGCCAAUACGGAAGUUAGCUUAACUAAUUCUAAUUUUAAAGUAACAAAUCUUAAAGCUGACACAAAACAAACCGUAACGUGACUGGAACCGUCUACAUUGAUUCCCACUCAGGAUUGUAGGUUCUCAUUUGUAAAGCGCAAGCGAUAUUUUGACUUCUUUGAGUUUUCUUUUUGGGAUGUAUUCAUGGUUAGCUUAAUCGUACAUUCAAGAAGCCACCCACAGGUAAAGCAAAGAAUUUAUGGCUGACCUCUAAGGACGGAAAUCCCUUCUGGGUACGACACAGCGACACACACUGCACACAGAUGAAGUGCGGAGCCUGGAUGUGAGAUAGGAGAGUGAAAAGCUGAGGGAUUCGCUUGAUAUAAAGGCUGGCUGGGAGAACUGAUGCUCAGACUGGAGAAGCACCGCUCUUCUUAAAGCACACCGCUGGGAAAAAGCUGAGCGAGGCUGAAACAACACGAGAAUGAGCAUGCGUGGAACAGCAGCUGGUUGUGUGGUGCUGGUGUGCCUUUUGGCGCUACUGGCUGAGAGGACACAAGGGCACAUCACCUUCUUCAGCCCAAAGGAGAUGAUGCUGAUGAAGGAGCGAGAGGGUAGAAAGGACAUGGAGCCUCGGUCGGAGGAUGGCCAGUUUGAAGACGUUACCGUCGAGCAGCUUCCUCAAGCCGAGCGUGGUGGCAAUCCUGAUAAAACAGUGGACAUCACAGUGCGUCUUUCACCCAAACAGCUGGACCAUGUGGCUCCUGUGCUUGAGGAGCUCAUCCAUGAAAUGGUGGAGGAGCGACAGAAAGCCAAGUAAUGUGCUGGAAGAGUGUCUGAUUCCUUCAAAAAGGACUAAUUGCUUAUAUAUUUUCUUGUGUUUCACUAAAUUACUCAAUAAAGGGAAGUUGUAUACAUU